AAUAAAAAGAACGACCCAAAGUAAGAAUUGAUUAGCGUUCGGAAAAUGUAGUUUGUGCAAUCACUCAAGGUAAAAGAAAAUGCUAAGAAAUGUGCUGUAAAAAUGAUUGUUUGUUUUUGGGUGUAUCUCUAUCUCUGUGUGAGUGUGAUUCAGUUGUGUGGUUUGUUUUGCAGGCAGCGCAAGCUGAGGCGAAGCUAAAACCAAAUCGCUAAAACAAUCCAAGGUGUUUGGGAAUAUCUCCUUAAGCUAAAUUAGUAAAAAACAAUAACCAAAGAACAUAAUAACUAUAAUAAUAAAUCCAAAAAUAUAAAUAUAGUAGAAACAUUAACCCAACCCCCUACCCAACUAAAUAAGCAGCUGGUGUUGGGUGCAGCAAGCUCUGCAACUAUUAAAAACUAACUCAGCAUGGUACGCAGUCGUCGCAGUCUCUCCAAGGAGGAUGCCGUCUCUUUGCUCACAGAUAGCGGUAUUUCGCUAUCAUCGCCGCCGGCGGCCCGCGAUUCCUCACCCACUGUAUCACUAUUGCCAAAGAAGCGACGCAAGACAAGCGUUCAUAGCCUGCAGGAACUUUGUUGGGUUGAAGAUGUCGAUGCAGAAGCGGAUCAGGACUCUUCAGAUACGGACUAUAUACAGCCAGAGUUGAAGAAAUCGGUGCGUAAAUCGGAAGCCACACGACGCAAGCAGCACGUUUGUAACCAUUGCUCCAAAGAGUUUGGUGGCAAGACCGAUUUAGAGCGCCACAUGCUUAUCCAUUCAGACGAACGGCCGCAUAAAUGCACUGUAUGCGGCAAGUGUUAUCGGCAAGCAGUGAAUCUUAAGAAUCAUAUAACCACGGCUCACGAGCAUAAGAAGCAAUUCGCUUGUACACAAUGCCCCAAGUCCUUUGCCCUAAAGGAGCGCCUCAGGCUGCACAUGCGUCUUCAUUCGGGAGAGAAACCCUAUCCCUGCGCCUUGUGUGAGAAACGCUUUGCUCGAGGUGGUCAGCUCCAACAACACAUGGUCUCGCAUCACAAGACAAGCAUACAACAGUUCAACUGCACCAAAUGUUCUGCCAGCUUUUCGACGAAUGCCAAUCUACGCGUGCACAUGGACCGCCAUGAGCAGGGUUUGGAUCACAAAUGCGCCAUAUGCGAAAAUCAAUUUGUCAAUGAGAUGGCGCUGCGCGCUCAUAUCAACCAAGAUCACCACAAGCUCAGCCACUUUGAAUGCCAGAUUUGCCACAAGAUCAUUGAUCCCGAUGAGGAUCUUGCCACACAUAUGCAGAAGCAUGCGGUAGUCAAGACGCACGUCUGCGAAGUGUGCAAUUCAUAUUUCACACAAAAAUCUCAGUACAAUGUUCAUAUGCGCAUGCACACUGGUGAGCGACCUUAUCAGUGCCAGAUCUGUCAACAGACCUUUGCACACUCCAGCGUGCUGAAGCUGCACAUACGCAAGCAUACAGGAGAGAAGCCCUUUCGCUGUCAACUGUGCGUGGAUGAGGUGGCCUUCUCUCAGCUGGCGCAUCUCAAGAAUCAUAUGAAGAAGAUCCAUAAACAGCACAAGCCCUAUAUGUGCCUGGGGUGCCAUGAUUUCUUUAAAAUCAAAAUAGAGCUGCAGGCGCAUGCUGAGCAGUGUCCCAAAUGCCAGCCCUACGACGAGCUCAACGAAAGUCAAAGUGCAGAUGCACAGGUGCUGACUAGCAUUCGCUUCAACAUAGCUGUGGUGCUAAAGAAGAUAAGCUCGGCACAGAAGCUACGACAGCUGGGAUAUGAGAAGCGUUUAAUUGACAACGUGAUAAUUGCUUCCUUGAAAUUGGCACAACGACCGUCACACGACGAUCCAACUAUGACACCGCUGAAGCGACUGCGUCUGAAUGUGGAAGAGUUUCUUAAAUGGAUUGUGCCAGCACCAAUCAUGAAGAAGUUUAACGAGGACCUGCUCUCUGUUGAUACCAUACUUGAUAAGAUUGCAACCAUGUAUAUGAAACAAAAGUAGACAGUAGACAGACAGUAGUAGUAGACAGCACCCAUUUCUAUAUAAAUAGAUAUAUAGAGAAUGGGGAAAAGGGAGAGUAAGUGAUAGCGUCAGCUACAGUGCCAUAGCGAAAAUAUGCUUUCUUAGUUUUUACCAUUGAAUUUAACCUAACCCAAAUGAGUUUGAAUAGAAAAUUCAACCAAAUGAAUUAACCCAAAGAUCUUAACACAUAAGUACUGAUAAAUUAGUUUCGCUGAAACCAAAAACGGAAUUUUUCAAAUUCCCUACAUAUAAUAUUUCAUUUAAUGCAAAACUUGCCAGAGCGGUGUAAGCUGCCAAAUCUUAGCUAUAGUUUCUAUACAUUGUGGCCAUUUAUGUUUUAUUAUCAACGAUCAUUUGUAUCCUUUAACACACCAUAAAGUACGAUGAAUUUGAAAAAGAAAAAGCAAAUAUUAAUUUGAGUAGAAUACGAAUUAAAUAAAAAACAAACUGAAUUAAAUCUU